AAAAGUUGGAGAGUUUUGCAUUUCUUAAAUGCAUAAAUAAACUAAUAUCUUGUGUAUAAUGAAUUUAUAUCAAAAUAUAUCUUUCAUUCACUAAGAAUUAAUAGUUUGCAUUCAAAAAUCUAGUGUGUAUAACUAAUUUCACUAAAAAAACAAUAUUAUGAAAUAAUGAUCAAUAAAAUAUUCAUAGCACCAUAAUCUUUAAAAAAAUAUCUUUCUUACCAUGGUUUUACAAAAUAACAAUGAUACAACAUUUCAUAAAAACCAUAAACCAAAAUUGCUUAAAAAUCUAAGUAGUAAGGACAAAGAAGAUAUUAAAUAUGACAAAUUACUAUCGAUAGAGGGAACCCCAUCUUUUUAUUAUGGGAAUCAUCAAAAUGAUUACAAAUCAACCAAUUCUAACCUUAAUAAUUCAAACGACAAUAUUGUUAAUUCAUCUAAUAAUAAAGGUUCAAAAGAUAGAGAUGAUGGGAUGAGUUACAGCAAUACAAAUUCAGUCAGACAACCCAAUUCAGGCUACAUAAUUGGAGAUUAUGAUGAAAACGUUGAUCAAAUCAAUGAUACUUAUCAUUCUAGGGGAAAAAGCAUAAAUCAGGGUGCUCUUCUAAAGAAGAAUAGAGACAAGAAUGGGAAUGAAAGCAACACACAAAAUAUAGUUGAUGAUAGUAGAACAACAAGUAAUUAUAAGAAUCAAGAAGGCAGGAGAAAUGAUAGAGAAGAGACAGAAAAGCAUGUAAGAAUCAUGGACAGCAACCCAGAUACCAAGUUGAUUGAUCGUACUGUAUCACCUAAUUACCACUACCACAGACAAAGGGCAGGUGUGUAUGGUUGGAGAAAGAGGUGUCUCUAUUUUUGGGUGCUAACAUUGGGCUUGUUGAGCCUACUCAACCUUGCUUUAACCAUAUGGAUGCUGAGGCUUUUAAGAUUCAACUGGCGUGGAAUGGGCACCAUGAAAUUUACGCGCGAUAAUAUAAUACUCAACGGGAAUACUGUGUUCAACCAACCUCUCAGGGUAGCAAAUUUACAAGCGCCAAAUGGCAACUUGAAUCUCAUAUCCGAUAGAAGCGUAGUUAUGCAGGCAUUCGAUAACAAUUCAAACAUAUCUAAUUCGUUGUACAUAGGUCCAAACGGCAUAAUAUCACAAGGGCCUAAAUUCGAAGUCAAAAACAAAUUUGGGCAUACCGUGUUCGCAGUGACUCCCGAUAAUAUGACCAUAAAAUUGAAUACUCUCAACGUCAACAGUAAAAAUGGUGGGAGGUUUAAAACAUCGGUUCAAACUCCUUUGAUUCGGUCCCCGCCUUCUGAAUCCUUAAAAUUAGAAUCCCUAACCCGUACUCUUGAAUUAGAAUCGAACGGUAUAGAUAUGAAAGCGCUAGCCGGUCCCAUCAACGUUCUCUCACUGCAGGAUAUAACCUUGAAUUCGCAGGAAGGCAAGAUUAAUUUGGCUGGUGGUCGCAUAUACUUUCCUAAUCUUCCCAAAUUGAACUCGGGUAAUAACGACAUCGAGAACCCACGUAAUCUGAACAGCGACAACAUCGUUAACCAAGGAGAAGAACAUUACAAGGGGGUAUUUCAACUAUGUAUUUGCGAAAACGGACGUUUAUUCCUCACUUUGCCGGAUUCGAAUUGCAAAGGAACUUUUAAAAUUUGUGACAAAAUUGUCUAAAGAAAAACUAAUCAUUUUUCUUAAAUUAUAUACCGAAUUCUUAUAUCACUUUAUUUUAUCUUUUUUAUUCCAAACAGAAAUUUCUUUGAUACAUGGUAGAGAAUAGUAGCAGCCAUAAUAAGUAUACGUAGGUAUAUUUGUAAAUUAUUUAUGGACGAAUAAAAAUUUUAGGUUUUUUGUUUAUUUUAGCCAAUAUAUUUUUCUAACCAAAAUGUAAAAUUUUGUUUUUCUUCAUAUCUCAUUUUUAUCUAUUCGAAAUUUUAUUCUGUAUCCUUAGAACUUUAUUUAAAAAAUUUUUAAAUUGAAUUUGGAUACUAUAUUUUUUAUAAACUCAUAAUUUAUCCUUCGUUUAUUAAAAUGAAUUUUUUUCCAAAACUAUCUGAAACCUGCAUAAUAUUUUUUCGAGGUAAUUCAUAUUUUCGCAUGAAUAUGAUAUUUGUAUUAAAGAGUUUACCAAUUUAUAAUUUAUAAUAAUUUAUAGAAGAAUGAAUUAUAUGUGUGCAAUUUUUCAUUUUUUUGACGAAAACGAAACCUAUAUAAAUAUAAAU